CCAUUGACAGGUAGGCACAUGUUUCCUAUUGGUUUGUGGUUUUGUCAGAAUCAAAACUUAAUAGCCUAUAAUAAAGAAGUGAGUUGACUUCAGUGAGUAGUCGGUUGAUGGCCCGACAGUCUUGGAAAGAUCAGUUUGUGGCCAUACAGUCGGGCAACUGGCUAACCCCAUGCACGUCUGCAUGAGACAGUCUCCAGCCUGUCUCUUCGAGAAGCUCAGGGACCUGUGCCAGUCUUACCAUUAGGUAAGCUCUCGCUCAGCAGCAUGUCAGACUCUGUACGCAGGCUGUCCCAUUCCCCUACAAACGGCACCUCAGAAGUUGUUGAGGAGCGUGGCAAAUGGGGCAGCAAAAAAGAGUUCAUCCUGUCUGUGACCGGUGCUGUUAUUGGACUUGGAAAUGUGUGGCGAUUUCCAUAUCUUUGCUACAAGAACGGCGGGGGUGCAUUCUUCAUUCCUUACAUCCUGUUCCUUGUGACCUGUGGCAUACCUCUGUUUGUGCUGGAGACAGCACUGGGCCAGUACACGAGUCAGGGGGGGAUCAUGUGCUGGAGGAAGGUCUGCCCCUUGUUUGAAGGCAUGGGAUACGCCAGCCAAAUGAUAAUUUUCUAUGGAAGUAUCAGCUACAUUGUGAUUUUAGCCUGGGCUUUUCUCUACUUGUUCUCUUCCUUCUCUGGAGAGUUGCCGUGGACCACCUGUAAUAACACUUGGAAUACAAAUCGUUGUAUCGAAAUAAACAACUACAAUGCCACCGUCAACUGGACAUCACCUGUGAAUGCAUCAUCUUCUGUUUUAGAGUUUUGGCAGCGACGGGUAUUGAAUAUAUCCACUGGCAUAGAGGCUUUGGGAAGCAUACAGUGGGAACUUUCUCUGUGCCUUCUUCUUGCCUGGGUCAUCUGCUACUUCUGUGUCUGGAAGGGAGUGAGAUCCACAGGAAAGGCAGCAUAUUUCACAGCAACAUUCCCCUUUAUCCUGCUAGUCCUGCUGUUUGUCAGAGGACUGACCCUUCCCGGAGCCUUCCAUGGUAUCAAGUAUUACUUGUACCCCAAUCCUGCACGGCUUGCUGACCCACUGGUCUGGAUGGAUGCUGGAACACAAAUAUUUUAUUCCUAUGCAAUAUGUUUGGGAUGCCUGACUACACUUGGGAGCUACAACAAGUACAACAAUAACUGUUACAGAGACUCCUUUUAUCUUUGCUUGUUGAACAGUGGGACCAGUUUUAUAUCAGGCUUUGCCAUUUUCUCCAUUCUGGGCUACAUGUCACAAAAACAGGGUGUUGACAUUGCUGCAGUUGCCGAGUCAGGUCCGGGCCUUGUUUUCAUAGUCUACCCACAAGUUGUGACCCUGCUGCCUUGGUCUCAAGUCUGGUCUGUGUGCUUCUUCAGCAUGAUCAUCUUAUUGGGAAUAGAUGGCCAGUUUGUAGGUCUUGAAAGCAUCAUGACCUCUUUAACAGAUGUCUUCCCCUCCCAUUUAAGGAAAAGAUACCGCAGAGAGCUUUACCUGUUGCUGAUCUGUGCUCUUUCCUGUAUGCUUGGCUUGGUUUUGGUGUCACAGGCUGGUGCGUACAUUCUGCAGAUCUUUGAUCACUAUGUUUGCAGUGGUCCUACUCUUCUGCUGUUGGCAAUCUGCCAGUCAGUUACAAUCGGAUGGAUUUAUGGUGCUGAUCGCUUCUGCACCAACAUUGAGGGGAUGAUUGGAUACAAACCUUUAUCACUGAUCAAGUACUGCUGGCUGUAUGCCACCCCUCUUAUUUGCAGUGGAACACUUAUAUUUUUGCUGCUGAGAUACACCCCAAUGAGGUUCAACAACAUGUAUGUGUAUCCUUGGUGGGCUUACUGCAUUGGCUGGUUCCUCGCCAUGUCAUCGCUUUCGAUGAUCCCAGCCACUGUGAUCUACAAACUGGCCAAAGGAAGAGGCACUAUCUGGCAGCGUCUUAAGACCAGCUGCCAGCCUGCGGAUGACCUUCAAGUAAUGGAAAAGGAAAUGAUGAAUGUCCAUGCGAACUCUGCGCCCCUGAUAGUGGGCUAAGCAGCCAUAUUCACUGAAAUGCAAAUCUUUUAACAUACCUUUUGUUUUGGAUUUUAAAAACACUUGGAACAGAUUGUAUACUGUAUAUACAUAUGGUGGUUGGUAUGAUUAAUAAUUUUUUAUAAGGUGAAAUGAUCUAUCUAAAGCACCAAAUGUCUAAUUAUUCUGAGAAUUGUUUGAGGUUGAAUGUACAAAAUGCUGAUAUGGAACCUCUUCCCUUUAAUUUGCAUUUUAAAUAUCUAAAAACCUAUAUAAUAAUAAUGUUUUUUCUUGUUUUAGCAAAAUCUCUACAAACACAGACUUUUAUUUUAUUUAUAUAUUGUUACUAACAUUUUAGGCAGGGCAUUAGAGCCACUGUUUAAGACUGUUCACAGCAUCAGUGUUCACCAUGGCAGCAUUGAAACCAAUAACAUCUUUGGUAUUUGGUAUCUAACUAUUGAUCUCAAAUUAUGUAUUCACAAUAUACAACAUUUUUGUUAAAAUGUCACCAAGUAAGUGCAGCUAUCUAGAACACCAAAAAUAAGUAUUUGUUCUUAUUUUUUUAUGAAAAAAGGUAUUUACUUUUUCUUUCUUACAUUACAGCAACAUACCUUCUACUAUUGCAACCUAUUUUUGUCAUGUUUCAUUGAGGUCAGAUUUAUUUUAUAACAUUUAUAGUAUGUAUUCAUGCAUAUUGAAAAGCAAAAUGUUAUUUGUCAGUUAAUCUCUCAGUCAGCCAGUUAGAAUAUUUUGGUAAUGACAAUAGGUAAGAUAAUUUUUUUUUCAUUCUUGCAUAAAUAAGAUCUAAAUAUUACUGCAUAGAAACAUCUUUAAAAUAAAAAUGUUCAUAACUUUAUUUUGGUUAGAGAUGCAACAUACAAGAUGCAAUAUACUUAGUAACAUAUACGUAAAGAAUAAAAACUUUCACAAAACAAAGGUCAAGGAUUUUCCCAAGCAGUAAACUGAGCAUGUUUACUUACUUUUUUCUGCUUCAUGCAAUACUCCGACAUUGUUUUUAAAACUUCAACCUUUUUUAGCGAACCACCAUUUUGCUUGACACUUUGUGACAUGCGUUCCAUGUUGUUUGCACUGCACGCACCAAAACUAUCCGAGUUGUAAAUGAUAAAGUCCGUGUAGCCUCUUGGUAUUAAAAUCAAAGCUAUUGUGAAUCCUACAAGCACAUAUUUCUCUUCAGGAAACAGAAUAAAUAAUCCAUAAGUGCUUUAGUCUGCAGUGUACACACACACACACACACACACACACACAUAUUUUAAACUUUCAGAGUAUAUUUUACAAUAUAUAUAUUUUUUAUAACACAUAUA